ACAGGGGUGGGAUUAGGCAGUGAUGUCAUAACAUGGCGGAGCUGUGUAGUCCACCGGGCACUUAGUGGGCCAAGGUUUAAUAUACUUUAACAUAAAUAUAAUACGCUGAAAAAAGAAAGACAGCGUCGGUCUAUGUGCUUUUAUCUGGCUGUGAAUAAAUUAGACUAACAAAAGAUAGCAGCUUAACGUGAGGUGGCGCUGAUUGGACUGUCCUGCCCACGGAGAGCUGGAAGCUUCCACAAGCCGGAAGAACACCGCUUGCGAGGAGGGGAUGGAGGUAGACUGCCAGGCUGAGGAGUCCAUGGUCUCUGCUUUUGAUGAAGAGUCUGUUGAGCUCGGAGAUGUCAAGGACAUGAGACUAGAGGCUGAAGCAGUGGUCAACGACGUCCUCUUUGCUGUGUCUGAAAUGCACGUGUCACAAAGUCUCAACAGCGCGUCCGACGUGGCCUACAUAAAUGUGGAAACAAGAGAGGGAAACCGUUACUGUCUGGAGCUCACCGAGGCUGGGCUGAGGGUGGUGGGCUACGCAUUUGAUCAAGUGGACGAGAAUUUGACGACUCAGUAUCACGAGACUGUUUACUCGCUCCUAGACACGCUCAGUCCGGGUUACAGAGAAGCCUUUGGGAAUGCUUUGCUCCAGCGGCUGGAGAGGCUGAAACAAAACGGACAAUGAAAAGGACCAAGAUGCUGCAUACAUUGUACACGUGACACGGGGGUUGAUGAUGACGGCAGUGUUUGAGUAUGAGCCAACACUAAGUUUGUUCAUAUACUUUAUCCGGUUAUGUGAUAUCCAACUGCUUAGCUCCCAUUCAAUAAGGGAUACCCAACUACGACUGCUUUUGUUCUAAGUUUCAUGCCAUUGAAUUACUUCAUGUUAUUUCCUUAGGUUUAGUGGCUGGUAUGGGCUGGCUGUAUAGGGCUCUGUGGCGAUAGUGUUGUUGACUUUACUGUGGAAAGACUGCAGCUUUUGUGUUUUCAAAAAAUCUGUAACGCCACACAUUGUUUAAGAAUUCUGCAAAGUUUGUGGUCCUUUGAAAUGUCAAGAGACAGAAGCAGCGAGCUACGUUAAUACCGGUCCUGUUUACCCCCCGUGCCCUGCUUGCACUAAACCUGUGACCUGAUGCUCAGAUAUGCUCAACUAGCUUUUAUUCAGCUGUGAAAGUGCUGAAACUGUUUUUGUUCCAAGCAUAUACUGCCUUAAUCUCAUUUUCCAUAUAUAUAUAUAUAUCUAACUAGGUCAGGGACAGCACUUAUUUUAACAGCUCUAACUACAUUGUAAUUUGAGUAUCUACUAACUCAUCAAGUUGUGUUUUAUUAUUCUGCUUUGGGGGUUUUUCUUGCAUACUGCACAAUUCAUUGCAUUUCAGACUUAGCUGUAAAAGUGAAAGGCUUGAAGAUAUUUCGCUGUUCAAACCUUUUGGUCUUUUUAUCAAACUGCACAGCCUGUGUUAACGCUCAGCGAGGAUUUCCAGAGCUGCUUUAAAACGCUGGUUUUCUCUGCAUGUGACCUGGUUAAACUUCUUCAUCAGUAUUAUCAAAUCUACAGACUCUUUACAUCUGUGCAUUCAUACUGUCAUUCCUUGCUUCUGGCCUUUGUUCAGACCAAUAAAAUUUCUGAAGUAUGCAGUUUUUGAGUUUGUCUCAUGACCAGCAGUUUAUAGAUUUAGUUUUUUCUAUUUUUACAUUUAUUUUACAAUAGAACUGUGCAAAACUCUUGAGUCACCCCUUUCUUCUUUAUACUGUGCUUCCAAGGAGACAGACUUUCUUCCUUUUUUUAAAGUGGUCUUGUACAAUAGUUCUCAAGGCUCCAGGCAAGUUUUUCUUUACAUUGGCUGCUUUUUCCCCUCAUUUUUAAUCUGGUCCUUUUACUUGACCAUUUUCAGAGGGAUUAUUUAAAAUUAUUUAUUCUUUUACGCAUGAGUCAUUCAACCAUAAAAAGGCAACUAACUACCCCAACAGACAUUGGCAAAGAACCAAAUUUAAAUUGUAUCUUUAUGGACUUUGUUACUUACAGCCUGUCAGAAAAACACAUAAUUUGCUUUGCCAGACAUGAGUGAGGGUUUUUGCACCAACAAGGUAAUUCCCAAGGAGCUAGUGGGAAACUUCGCACAUCUCUGCCUUGUCAUGGUUUUCAGUUUUAAAGCCAGCAUAAAAACCUUUAUCCGGGCAGUCAUUUUUUUAUAGAUCCAAUUAAAAACAUCCAACCACUCAAAAAGAUGGUUUAAUUUUCUGUUUCAAAAACAGAACAGUAAAACAACAUUGAUUAUCUUGUUAAUAGUAUUACAACUUCACUGUGUACGACUCUGGAUACUGUAGCUUCUCUGAAAAAGGCCCAAAUCAGAAGUACUUGAAUCCCUGGUAAAACUCAGAAACACGCACCUUAAAGCAAAUAACUCGUAAGGUGGAGAGGAACUCAGUGCAGCGUUCAAUACUGCUGAACAUAACAUUUUAUUACAGCUAUCAGAGCCUGUGUUAUCUAUAUAACAUGCUCCAAUUGGUUCUUGUAAAUCGAAAAUUCUCUUCACACACAAAGGUUAAUUAUGGAGUUGCACAGGGUAAUAUGGGGAGAAGAUACAAGGAGACACAAGGAGAGUCUCCCCUGGAUGGGCAUCAGCCCAGCAGCAGGAGCAGCAUCUGCUCCUUUGAGUGAGGUUGAACAGAAGCUCUGCCAGAGCCCUACAAAAUGACCCAGAGCAGGAUACUCACAAACAUGUUUUUCACCACUGUCAAAAUCAGACUGUUGAGUCAAUACCUUUCUAUAGCCCUAUCCAGCUCUCUUCAUUUAAUGGCAUGUCCCUUGGUAUCUUUUCCACACUCUUCCAAAUGUGCCAACCAGGAGAAGCUUAACUUGACGUGUAACCUGCGAGGGCUGCAGAUAUGGUCUAAUGUUAUCAGCAAUGACAAGGACAUGGGGGGGGGGGAAGCAAAACUAGAAAAUUUGUCAAGAGGAAUCAGGAGAGAGCGAUGACCUGUGGCUGCCACUGGCUGGCUCCCUUCUUGAAGGUGGUCUUGUUGCCUCGGCAGUGCACCUUUUGUCACUUUCAUUUGUACCAAGGCAGGUGAAAUGGAGUCACAACAGUUUACAUUUCCUUACUGCACAGACUGAUAUCUCGGAAGUUUAACUGCAUUAAACUGUGAUGAUUGAGCUUCCCCUUAUUGGUUUUUUAUUAGUGUAGUUUCAUUCCUCAUUUGAAGAAUGUGUUUUCCGAGCUGCCUGAUUAGACCUGAUGACACCAAAAAAGGUUGAGCCAAAAGAAAUAAAAGGAAAUAAAUAAAAGCAAUUGCCUCGUACCAGUCUGACUAUAUAACUUUAUUAUACAAGUUGUUAUGGAAGUUCCCCGACGGGUAACCAGAUGCCUGAACUACAAAACAGGUUUUUUUCUUAUCCAGAAGUCUGGCUCACUUCUUGUUUUGCCAUGGCAACUUAUUCUGCAGAGCAGGGUAGUUUCUCAGAAUAGCGAUCAGCAGGUAUGAAAUCACCACCUAAUGAUGCCAGAAAACAGCAUCACCAUUCCUUGAAGAUUCCUCCUCAGGCCUGCGUGCAGAUUAUGAGGGCUGAAAGUUUUUCAGUAGUGUGUCAUGUCAGCGUUUCUGUGACUAUUCCUUGCUGUUGUUUUGGUUUUUGUCCCCCCCUCUGUUGGCUGCAAAAAACAAAUUCUAUAAAGUCCCAAUACAUUAUAAAACCUGCUGCCUUAUUUGUACUUUGACUGCGAACACUUUUAUAUUUACUCUAACUCAGAGCAUUAUAUUAAAAAAAUAAAAUUAAAAAAAAAA